AUGCUUCUCACUAUCACGGCAAGUAUUGCUGUUUAUGAAGCACCUAGUCGUAUGAAAAAGGUGCUUAAAUUAAUGAAUACCAUUGCCACGGUGGAUAAGAGUAUAUGCGCUCAAUACUCACACGAGAAGGAAUAUAAAUUGUGGCCUGCCCUUAUUUUGUUCUCUUGCAUUUUCUUCGUCAAAGCUCUUGAUGAAUUCUGCGAAGCCGCUGUGAAAGCAAUAGUUGACAAUAAGGAAUGGAAGGAGGCGGUACCGAUCCUGCUCUUUUAUCUAAUUUGGUUUCCGGUGAUGAUUCAGGAUGUACAGUUUGCUUUCAUCUCUAUGUCGGUGUAUUUAAGGUUCAAAGCUAUAAACAACGUUCUGGAUUAUGCUGCCCAACAUGUAUCCGACCCGUUUGUUCAAAAAGUGAUGAAUUUAGACACACUGAAUAUUUUGGCGAUACAAGUGGCUCCGGCUAAUGCUGAAGCUGAGCCCAAGGAAGGAGUUAUCGUGAGGAAAUCUGUUGUAUACGAUAGAGUGUCAGACAUCCGCGCUUCUUUGAUAGCCAUCCAAUGUUUGAUCUGGGGAUUUGUUAAUUUGCUAAGGAUUAUUGCGUUAGUGGAGCCGUGUCAUUAUACUGCUGCAGAGAUGCUUGCAACAGCAAUUUCGUACCUGGUGAUUUUGCUUCAGUUCCUGAAAGAUGAAUCGCAAAAUUAA